UUUAACAACUUUGAAUAACUUUUAAUGUGGCAUCUAAAUUUGUUACAUUCCUUACUAUAAAAGGGUAUUAAUGUCCUUUUCCUAAAGUUCUGACAUAUUAUUUUGCUAUUAACAUUUAUUUUGCUUGCAGCCACACUGAGAAGUGUUGGGAAGAAUACUGAAAUCCUCACGUUAGACCAGAUGGAAGGGUAUACUCUUUAUUUUUUAGCCCAGUGACAGGCAUGUAAAGUUUAUUAUGAUGAAGACUUCAGUUAUUUGGUGUGGUUUUAUAAAAGCCAACUUAGUGAAAUUCUUGGAAGCAAAGCUUUCAAUGAGUCCUUAUAGCGGAAGAUAGGUGCAAACAGCUGGAAUGUAGUGUUAAAAGAAAGUGGUGUGGAGGGAUAUAGGGGACUUGGAGUCUGAGCCCCCUUGAUGUGGUAGUUGGUGAUACACUUGCUGCUUUGCACAGCCUUUCAUCUGCAUUCUGGGAGCUCAUCAACAGGAAUGAGGCUGCAGUCUGGGUGGUUUAUUGUCCAUUAGGUGCAGCUCCUGCUUUGUUCCUUGCCAGGUGACUGCGUGUUCCCAUGGUUGUACUGGGUGGUGGCUGCUGCACGUUGGGUGGUAGGAAGCCGUACCAUGUGGCCUCUGUGUCUUCAUCAUCUGUUGUGUAGUUCCCUAGGCCAGUGUCAUUUGCCAAACUUCACUACUAGUGGUAAUGAUAAUGGAAAUGUUGAGUAAGUUACUGUUUGCAUUGUAGUGUUGGCCAGUACGGUGUAAAUGCAGCUGCAACACUUGUUUCCCGUCAAUUUUAUACUUCAUCCAAGCUCACUUUUCUAUCAGUGACACGGUGUUUGAAAUGUGGGAGAUGGUACCUGUGUUCAGAUGCCCUCAAGCUCCUUUACUAAAACAAGAAAAUGUAUAAAUUGAUUGCAGUGUAUUUUCCUAUCACUUUUGCAUGGGAUGUAAUACAAGGAUUAUUCUUUUUGAAGACUAAUAAAGGUUUUUGUGGCAUUUUAUCUGAACAGGAGGGGAAAGCAGACAGAUGCUUGUGAAUGCCCCAUGGCUGCAGCUGCCUCAGUUCAUUCAUUUAUUGCCUGUUGUAACUUGGAAGCAUUCUUUAGGUCAGUUCAUCUGGGACCAGUCCCUGCCUUCUGGUUAAGGAAUCCAUGCACACAUUCAGGAUGACUCAACAGUGGGAUGUAUGUUUGGAUACCAGGAGGGUGCUGGUAACUUGACAGGAACUUCCAGAUUUUUUUGGGGAGACCUAUUGCAUGUAAUACCUUUCAGACAACUGCAGUUUGAAUACAUUGGGUCGUUCCAGUACCUGAAGCUUUCACGAUGAGGAGAGCUAGGCAGAGAGGUGUGGUUGACAGUGAAGCUCCUCAAGCAUCACAGAAAAGCAAAAAGCAGAAAACUUGCUCCUAUGGCUCAGUGUUUGGUGCAUGUGACUUGCACUCCUCAAUGGACUGGGGAAACCUUCCACACCACAUUAUUCUGCGUGUUUUCCAGUUUCUGCCUUUAGUCGAUCGAGCGAGGGCAUCUUCUGUUUGUCGAAGGUGGAAUGAAGUCUUUCACAUCCCAGAUCUCUGGAGGAGAUUUGAAUUUGAACUUAGCCAGCCAGCUACUUCUUACUUAAAGUCUACGCACCCUGAUCUCAUUCAGCAGAUUAUCAAGAGGCAUGCUGAUCAUCUGCAGUACGUCAGCUUCAAGGUUGAUAGUAGUACUGAGUCAGCAGAAGCAGCCUGCAACAUCCUUUCUCAGUUGGUAAACUGUUCUAUCAAGACACUGGGUUUGAUUUCUACAGCAAAACCAAGCUUCAUGAAUGUCUCUAAGGCUCAUUUUGCUUCAGCGCUGACAGUGGUUUUUGUAAACUCCAAGUCAUUAUCCUCAAUCAAGAUAGAUGACACACCACUUGAUGAUCCUUCCUUGAAGGUUCUUGUUGCUAACAAUAGUGAUACUCUAAAACUGCUAAAGAUGAGCAGUUGUCCUCAUGUAUCACCUGCUGGAAUUCUCUGCGUUGCUGACCAGUGUCAUGGACUUAAGGAGCUGGCUUUGAACUACUACAUAUUAAGUGACGAGCUGCUGCUGGCUCUGUCAAGUGAAAAACACGUUGACCUUGAACACCUUCGCAUAGAUGUCGUGAGUGAAAAUCCUGGCCAAGUUGAAUUUCAUACUAUUAAAAAGCAAAGCUGGGAUGCUCUUGUUAAACACUCCCCCAAAGUCAACAUUGUGAUGUAUUUCUUCUUAUAUGAAGAGGAAUGUGAUGCUUUCUUCAGAGAGGAAACCCCGGUUACACACCUUUACUUUGGUCGUGCAGUAAGCAAAGCGAUGUUAGGUCGCAUUGGCCUGAAUUGCCCAAGGCUAAUUGAGUUGGUUGUGUGUGCUAAUGGACUCCAGCCUUUGGAUGAUGAACUUAUCCGGAUUGCUGAGCGCUGUAAGAACUUGACAGCAAUGGGACUUGGUGAAUGUGAAGUGACUUGCAGAGGUUUUAUUGAAUUUGUGAAGAUGUGUGGGGGCAGGCUUACCCAGCUCUCUAUAAUGGAGGAGGUACUGAUUCCAGAUAAUGAUUAUAGCUUAGAUCGACUCCAUUUGGAAGUCUCCAAACACCUGGGAAGACUCUGGUUUCCUGAUAUGAUGCCAACAUGGUGAAUUCUUUACAUUUGUGGACAAAAGGGUAGAAUCAGGGUGUUGCUUUCUAUGCAAAUAAAGAAUUUAAAAAUGAAACGUGAAAACUUAUUUCCAGGUUUGAGUUUUUCUACCUUGAGAACCUCUAGUAGUGUCACAGCAAAACAUUCUGGAGUGGUAAUGGUAUGUUGAAAUAGAAUCAGUGUACUUAACGCUUCUGAGAGUGUCUGUGGUUUACAGGUGCUUCAAACCUCAGUGAAUUGGGCUUCUCUGAGCUUCAUUUUAGGUGUUCCAUCCACAUUAAAGGUUGGGGCAAGUUUCA